AUGGCCGACGUCGAGCCCCCCGCGCGGAAAACGGCCAGCGACAGCGGCAAGGACGCCGUGUCCAUCUAUCAGGACUCGGACGCGCCUGUCAUCGGUCGCGAGAAUCUGUCUGACCUCGUGCCGCCGCAUGAGUCUUACGAAGGAAAGCACAGAUGGGAUCCCGCCGCGACCUGGACCGAGGCCGAGGAGAGGAAGGUGGUUCGCAUCACCGACAUCAAGUUGCUGACGAUGCUGUGUAUCAUGUUCUUUGGCCUGCAAUUGGACAGAGGAAACUUGAGCAAUGCUCUGGCAGAUGAUUUCCUCAAAGACCUGAAGCUCAGCAGUGACGACUACAACAACGGAACCACAAUUCAGCUGGUGUGCUUCCUGGCCGCCGAAUUCCCCGUCCAGUUCCUCACCAAGCGCUUCGGUUUCAAGUACGUUCUGCCGACCAUGAUGAUGAUGUGGGGAACCGUCUCCUGGACUCAGGCCUGGAUCACGACCCGCGCCGGCUUCUACGGUGGCUUCAUUCCUGGUACUAUUCUCUUCGCGACCUACUUCUACACAUCAAAGGAGCUGUCUGUUCGACUGGCCGUGUUUUGGUCCACGCUCAACGUUGCACGAGUCAUCUCGGCUCUGCUGGCGGCGGGUAUCCUCAAGAUGCGCGGCAUUGGUGGACACACAGGCUGGUUCUGGCUCUUCCUGUUGGAGGGUCUCCUGACUUGUGUUUUGGCUGUCAUGGCAUUCCUCUGGCUCCCCGCCUCCCCGACGAAUACUACGACGGUCCUCUGGAGAAAGCCGUGGUACACUGAGAGACAGGAGGUCAUCAUGAUCAACCGCAUCCUCCGUGACGACCCCGCAAAGGGCCUCACUGCGCUGAAGGAGCCCAUGACGUUCAAGGACAUCAAGAAUGCAUGGCUCGAUCCCUCCAUGUGGGGUCUGUACCUCAUCGGCCUCGUCGCCUACAUUCCGGCCACGCCCGUCCAGGCGUACUUGACGCUCACCCUCCGCCGCCUGGGUUUCACGACGUUCAACGCCAAUAUGCUCACGGUGCCCUCGGCCGUGUUGCAAAUCAUUACGAUGCUCACGCUGGCCUUCAGCAGCGACUACUUCAAGGAGCGGGCGUUCCACUGCAUCUUUGGCGAGCUCUGGAUCAUGCCCCUGCUCAUCACCCUCCUCACGCUGCCGGAUGGUGGGCGCGAAUGGAGCCGAUUUUCGGUUAUUACGCUCAUCUCUGGCUACCCUUACUUCCACCCAAUCGUUUCAUCGUGGAUCUCGGAGAACACGUUCGAUGUCAAGAAGCGCGCCAUCUCGGCAGCGACGUACAACGUCAUUGUGCAGAUCGGGUCCCUCGCUGGAUCCCAAAUCUACCGCGCCUACGAUGCGCCGUACUACAAGCGCGGCAACACGGUCUGCGUGUCGAUUUGCGCUUUCAGUCUCGUCGUGUUCCUGGUGCACCGACAGGUCCUUGUGCUGCUGAACAAGCGCAAGGCGCGGGUAUGGGACGCCAUGUCCAACGAGGAGCGGCUGGCGUACCAGAGUGAUGCCGCGGCGCGCGAGCAAGACGGAAACAAGCGUUUGGAUUUCAGAUUUGUCUACUAG